UCCUGUGUUGGUGGAGCCGUCUGCAAUAGCGUUUAAAUUCCGGGAGGUCUGGGCGGUCAGCAGCAGGACAGAGGCAGUGAGCUCAGCAUCCUCUGCCUCCGACUGCCUCCCGGUGCAGCGUUCUCAGCGGACUCCAGCCGAGGGAAUACCACCACCAUGAGAGCCGCAAUGCUUUGCGUCUGCCUCUUUGGCCUGGCCUCUUCUCUCCCGGUUAAACAGGCUGAUUCUGGAAGCUCUGAGGAAACACUGAUUUAUAACAAACACUUGGAUGCUGUGGCCACAUGGUUAAAACCUGACCCAUCUCAGAAGCAGAAUCUCCUAGCACCACAGAACACUGUGUCCUCUGAAGAAACAAAUGACUUCAGACAAGAGACCCUCCCAAGCAAUUCCAAUGAAAGCCAUGACCAUAUGGAUGAUGAUGAUGAUGAUGAUGAUGGAGACCAUGUGGAUAGCCAUGACUCUGUUGAUUCAGAUGACUCUGAGGACACGGAUCAUCAUGAUGAUUCUCACCAUUCUGACGAAUCUCAUCAUUCUGAUGAGUCUGAUGAACUGGUCACUGAUGUGCCCACUAAUGGUCCACAAACUCAAGAUUUCACUCCAAUUGUUCCUACAGUGGAAACCUUUGAUGGCAGAGGUGAUAGCGUGGUUUACAGGCUGAAGUCAAAGUCUAGGACAUUCCACAUUUCUGAUGCUAAGUAUCCUGAUGCUACGGAAGAGGACCUCACUUCACACAUGGAAAGUGAGGAGUCUGAUGAUGCACUCAAGGUCGUUCCUGUUGCCCGGCAUCUGCACGUGCCCUCUGACUGGGACAGCCAUGCGAAGGACAGUCAUGAAUCAAGUCAGCUGGGUGACCAGAGCGUAGAGACCCAGAGCCAUGAACAGCCCAGAGAGUAUAAGCAGAAGACCAGUCAUGAGAGCAUUGAGCAUUCGGAUGGAAUUGACAGCAGUGAAAGUUCCAAAGUCAGCCAGGAGUUCCACAGCCAGGAGCUCCACAGUCAGGAAGUCCACAGCCAGGAAGACAAGCUGGUCGCAGACCCCAAGAGCAGGGAAGAAGAGAAACACCUGAAAUUUCGCAUUUCUCAUGAGUUAGAUAGUACAUCCUCAGAAGUCAAUUAAAAAAAAAAAACAUACAGUUUCUUACUUGGCUUUUAGUAAAAAGAGAGAGAGA